AUGCAUCGAUUUACGUUCUUUUCAAAACUCUUGCGUCAAGGCACGACUAUUGUAUCUGAAAAGGAAGAAGGCCUAGCAUCACAUAAACUUCUCCUUCAGAGUGGAAUUUUGUCCGUCAGCUCUCCAGGCACAUUCGUUUUGUCUCCGAUCGCUUUGCGCGUUGUCGACAAACUCAUUGCCUUUAUUGAUUACAAAAUGUCCGAGGUUGGUGGACAAAAGUGUCUCUUUCCGACGCUUGGUAGAUCACAACUCUGGGUCCGAUCAGGGAGAUGGGAGAAGUUUGGUGGCGAAAUGUUUCGGCUCAAAGAUCGAGUUGGUCGGUCUCUUUGCCUGCAACCAACACAUGAAGAGGAGGCGUGUGAAUUUGUCAGCAGCCUUGAUAUAGGAAAUAGCGUUCUGCCCUUACGCAUAUACCAGAUCUCCUCAAAAUUUCGCGACGAAAUUAAACCCAGACUGGGUCUUCUUCGAUGUCGUGAGUUUUUGAUGAAAGACAUGUAUUCUUUUGAUUUGGAUGUUAGAGCUGCUGAGAAAACUUAUGAUGCUUUGUCGAAUGUCUAUUCGGACAUUUUUCGUACACUUCGUCUACCUGUGUUAAGGGUUGCGGCCGAGGGAGGACUCAUGGGUGAUUGUCACUCUCAUGAGUUUCACUGUCCUCUGGCAGUUGGAGAGGACACUCUCUCGGUUUGUCCAAGGUAUGCUUCGCAACAGCACGCUUUGAGUCUUGGCAUUUCAAAGUCCUUUUAUAUCACGUCUUUAUCUUAUGAUAUAAACUUCAAAAAAUCCGGAUUACCGAUUCCAACGCCAGCACACCCUAAAGUGAUAAAGUACACAUACCAGAAGGGGAUCGUUAUCCUUACAAAAACCACGCCAAUGAUCUGCAAUGAAGCCGUCUUGGCUGCAAACGCGGAUUCUCGAAUGUGCCCUGACUGUGGCUUGGAUCGACAGACCUUUAAAUCGGUCGAGAAAAAUGAUUCCAUCUUCCUUCAGCUAGCACACUGUUUCCUACUUGGAGAUAAGUACACUUCCAACUUCAAUGUCAAGACAACUACACAGAACGGAAGGAAGAUUCUACAAAUGGGCUGCUACGGCAUUGGCGUAACACGUCUUUUGGCUGCGGCACUUGAACACUUUACUGCCUCCUUGGUGAAAGAAAACCCACCCAAAGAACUCCGCUGGCCUUCGGGCUUCGCGCCGUACAGCGGAGCUAUCGCCCUCCAGAAAGAUAACGCCAGGGAUGCGCUGUCGACAGACGAGUUGAAUGGAGUCCUUGCUCACUUUAUGGAACUUCCUUCAACAUCCAACAGCCCCACAUCAGGUUCGACAUUCUUCGCGGGUCUUCUUCCGCGUGGUGAUAUUCUCGUGGAUGACCGAUCUCGUUUGAGCCUUGGGCGAAAGCUACUUGAUCUUCGUCGACUCGGCGUACCCUGGAUUCUCAUCGCCAAGAGUCGCAAAGGCAGUGUAAACUCAGAGUAUGAACUCGUGGAUGUCAAUCGAGGAGGAAUUUCCUUCACUGCCAGUCUUAACGAUGUCGUGGCUGCUUUCACUCGCUACGAUUUCCAAAUUCCACUUCCGGACAUCUGUGAUCAUCAGUACAGCAGGCUCUGGCACGAGAAUGACACAUCCAGAUAG